GUUUUCUCUUCAACUCCAAAACCAUUGCGCAUUCAUUCACCAAUCUCAACCUUCACCUUAUCUCUCUCUCCUUCACUCCUCACUCUUUCCUCCGAUGGCCACCGUCCUCCAAACUCCCACAUUCCGGCCAUCCCUAACCCUCCUCACCACCACCACCGCCGCCACAUCAUCCAAUCACCCCAAAACCUCUAGGGUUUCUAUCACAUCCUCCAGAAGGAAACUAUCGCCACUUAAAUCCCUCCGGUUCCAUUCAAUUCCCUCCCUCCGGUUCGUUAAGUUAGUACCUUUUGCUUUUGACGGAGAUACCGAGGCUCCUCAAGUUCAAGAACAACCUGAAGUUCAGGUUCUGGAUUCUUCAGAUGGUGCUGUUGCUGUGGAGGAUAGUACAGGUGAUGAUGAGUUCAGCGACGCUGUUGAAAUACCUUCUUCACCUUUGCUAGUAUUACUGCAGUCUUACAAAGAAGCAUUAGUUAAUAAUGAUGAAGUCAAAGUUGCCGAGUUGGAAUCAUCAUUAAAAUCCAUUGAUGACGAGAUAGCAGGUCUCGAAGGGAAAAUAGCUUCUUUAUCCGAAGAAUUAUCAAUAGAGAAAGAUCGGAAACUAAGGAUUGGUGCAGACUUUGACAAUUAUCGGAAGAGGACCGAUAGAGAUCGCCUUUCGUUGGUCACAAAUGCUCAGGGGGAAGUUGUGGAGAGUUUGUUGCCUGUAUUGGAUAAUUUUGAGAGAGCUAAAGCUCAGAUUAAGGUGGAAACAGAGGGAGAGGAGAAAAUAAACAAUAGCUAUCAGAGCAUAUACAAGCAGUUCAUUGAAAUUCUAAACUCACUAGGAGUUGAGCCAGUGGAGACGGUUGGAAGCCCCUUUGAUCCAAUGGGGCGCAACCGCAAACCAGUUGGCUCGAAAUUCAAUCUUGCUGAACUUUUUGAAACACUAUAUCAAGUUUCUUCAGGUUUCCUGAAGACCUGGAUACCCUUUUAACUCUUAGCAACUCUUGAUUGUUUCGAGCCAACUUGGUGAGUUUAAGAAUGUGUCACAAAGUCAAGAAAAAGUAGGCUUUGUUUUGUAGCAACAUGUGUAUAUGAAUACAUGUUCUUAGAAAAAGAAUUAUUCCAGUUGGAUGCUUGUAAGAUUAUUUGACUCAAAACAAUUUUGCCUCAACCACUGCCUCAAAUGAAAUACGUGCUUGGUCUUUUUUUGUCAACUUUUUUAGAAAGUUUCUUAUGAUAUAGUAGAUUGAUAAUCAUGAGCAUUUUUUUCUGAUAAGCUAUGUUUUCACUUUACUUGUAAAAGCUACAUGAAGCAAUUAUGCGUGAGGAUUCUGAUGAGUUUGAAGAAGGCAUCAUACUUCAAGAAUUCAGAAAAGGUUUUAAACUUGGUGACCGCCUCUUACGCCCAUCAAUGGUGAAGGUAUCAGCUGGUCCAGGACCAGCAAAGCCAGAACAAGCAUCACAGGAAGAACAAGUCACAAAUGAAAUUUCCGAGGACGGUAAAGAGAUUGAUGGUAGCACAGAAACAGAGUCUGCUUGAAUGGACAAAACUCUGCCUGGACUCAGUUUUGUACAAGUACAUCAGUUUAAUCUCCAGGAACAAGAAAUUUUCCUGCCAAGUUUCCUUCCUUGAGGGAAAUUAAUAUUAUGAGAUUUUGAAUUAUUUUUUCAGAUAUUUAUGUCCUUACAUGGCUUUGGUAGAGAUGACUAAAUAUUCAGAGAUACCAUAUUUCUUGAAGGACCCUGAGUAAGUUGCAAUUGAUCAAGUGCUUGGAAUCAGGAGUUAGGAGAAUCAGUGUGAACUUUUAAAUUAAGAUUUUAUUAUACUCAUAAUUUCUUCAUCGUAUUGAACAUGUAUUCUUUGGUUAAGCUAGAACUAGAAGCAAUUCUACGUGUUGUACACCAAUGGUUUUUAAGAUAAUUUCUGAAAGUUUUUCCCCUCUGCAAA